CAGGAGUUUCCACGACAGCUGAGUAGCAGCUAAAUGCGUUUUUUUCACCUGUAACAUUGAACCUUUUCAACUCCACUGAGUCGAAGUUUCGUAAAAUGGGAGACAAGAAGAGUCCCACAAGGCCAAAGCGGCAAUCUAAGCCAUCCUCCGACGAUGGGUACUGGGACUGUAGCGUCUGCACGUUCAGGAACAGCGCUGAGGCGUUCAAGUGCAUGAUGUGUGAUGUCAGGAAGGGGACGUCAACACGAAAGCCGCGACCUGUUUCUCAGCUGGUUGCACAGCAAGUAAAUCAGCAGUUUGCACCACCGGCACACCUCAAAAAGGAGAAGAAAGAAAAAUCAGAGAAAGACAAAAGUGAUAAAGAACCAACACUGAAAAAGAAAAGCCAUAAAAAGAUGAGGCCCAGGUUAAAAAACAUAGACAGGAGCAGCGCCCAGCAUCUAGAGGUCACAGUUGGAGACUUGACUGUAAUAAUCACAGACUUUAAGGAGAAAGCCAAACCCACAUCCACUUCAACAAGUGCUGCCUCAGCAGACCAACACAGUCAAAGUGGCUCAAGCUCUGAUAACACUGAACGAGGGGUCUCCAGAUGCUCUUCGCCCCGUGGAGAAGGCUCGUCGGUGAACGGAGAGACUCACUAACCUUCACACUCCCAGUCAGCACAACUCAUCCUUCUGCACUCUCAACAGCCUCAACCAGAGAUUAAACUACAACAUGCACAUUUUUUAAAAAUAAUACUAUAAAUGCCGGUAUGAUAGCAUUCACUUCAUUUGGGGUUGUAUUUUUUCACUGCCUUCCCAUAAUGAUAAAUACUUCAGGAGUCAGGACGUCAGAACUGUUUCAGCAAAACCUAUUAUGAUGAACUGAAAAGAGCAACAGUAGCAUUAAAUCCUGGAUGUCAGUGGAACUGUGCCACACGUUGUGGUGACUUGUCUUUCAACAACUCAGUGUUACGUCAGUGUCGCGCUCAGUUGGUCGUUGCUGCACAGAAUAAAUGAUGCCAUAUGAAAGAAAAUGUGAAGAAGUCAUCUCAGAAUUGUAGAUUAUCAUUGAAUUUUGUUAUCGUUAUUUGCACUUAAUGGCAUCCUAUGUUCAUGAUAACAUUUUUUAGCAUUAUUUCCACUUUGCCGUUAGCAGUGAAUCAUAACACUGUCGGUCACUGGCCUUAUCCAGCUCUCAUUUUAUGCCAUUGGAUGCAAUAAUUUUUUUUCACUGUCUUAACAUUUGAGUAAAAAUAUUGAACAGUUAUUCUAAGUAUGCUUCUCCUUCACUUGGUAGAGUUGAGCAUGAUUUAAUCUAUAGAAUGGUUUAUAUUGUACAAUAAUGUUGAAUAAAAUGAGAUGUAGAUACUUGGAUAUGUUUUUAAAAUUUUCAUUAUAAACAGGAGCAGUUUGCAAAAACAUGGAUUUCUUAUAAGUUUUCCAUAUUAUGAUUGUAUGUUGAAUUUGUUAACCUAUUUUAACAUCAUGACUGAUAUGUUCCUUAAAGGCAAGGCAUGACAAGGCUACAGACUUGGGAUUUAACUUGUUCAGAUCAAUCAAUAAGUUGCACACUCUUCACUGUACUGUAUGUGUUUUGUUAUUACCCUCAAACAUUCUUUAUACUUGUUGCACUUGGGGGAAAAAAACUGCAAAUCGUGUCUUAAAGGUCCUAAAAGCAGUGAUGGAAAGUAACAUAUUACAUUUACUUAUGUACUGUUCAUAAGUACAACUUUGUAUUGUAGCAUGCUACUUAAUACUUCUACCUGACUGCAUUUUAAAGGGAAAUAUUGUACUAUUUAAUCCAUUUAUUUGACAGAUGGGUGCUUUGCAUACUGAGAUUUUACAAACAAAACGUGAUCAGUUUAUAAAAAAUUAUGUAUUGAUAUGGAUUAAACAAG